CUGAGCUGCCGAAUGUGCCGAUAGUCACAGGAUCCGGCCUGAGAGAAGAGCGUGCGGGAAGGGAGAGAGCGUGCAGGUUUAUUUUCAGAAAUUAGCAAAAAUGCAGAUUAUUACAUUAUUUCAGAUCGUUUCGGUCGCAUUGUCGGCGUUUACUGUCAAUGCAGCAGUUUAUUUUCAAGAGCAGUUUCUGGAUGGAGAUGCCUGGAAGAGUCGGUGGAUGAAUUCCGAACACAAAUCUGAUUACGGGGAGUUUAAACUGACCGCUGGAAACUUCUAUGGGGACGCUGAGAAAGAUAAGGGUCUGCAGACCAGCCAAGAUGCCCAUUUCUAUGCCACCUCUGCCCGCUUCGCACCCUUCAGCAAUGAGGGCAAACCCUUGGUGAUCCAGUUCACCGUCAAACACGAGCAGAAGAUCGACUGCGGCGGUGGAUACGUAAAAGUCUUUCCAUCUGAUCUCAACCAGGCUGACAUGCACGGAGACUCCCAGUAUUACAUCAUGUUUGGGCCUGAUAUCUGCGGCCACAGCACCAAGAAGGUUCAUGUUAUUUUCAACUACAAAGGCAAGAAUCACCUCAUCAAGAAAGAAAUCAAAUGCAAGGAUGAUGAACUGACCCACCUGUACACACUGAUCCUGAAUCCGGAUCAGACUUACGAGGUGAAGAUUGACAAUGAGAAGGUGGAGUCCGGAUCUCUGGAAGAGGAUUGGGACUUGCUGCCCCCAAAAAAGAUCAAGGACCCCAACGCCAAGAAACCUGAGGACUGGGACGACCGCGCCAAGAUCGAUGACGAGAGCGACACCAAACCUGAGGACUGGGACAAGCCUGAGAAUGUUCCCGAUCCUGACUCUAUGAAGCCAGAAGACUGGGAUGUGGACAUGGAUGGUGAAUGGGAACCCGCAAUGAUCCCAAACCCAGAGUACAAGGGCGAAUGGAAACCCAAACAGAUCGAUAACCCGAACUACAAAGGAGUCUGGAUUCACCCCGAGAUCGACAACCCAGAAUACACUGAAGACGCCGAGAUCUACAAAUUUGAAAACAUUGGAGUCAUUGGGUUGGAUCUCUGGCAGGUGAAGUCUGGCACUAUUUUUGACAGCUUCUUAAUCACAGAUGACGUGAAGGCAGCGGAGGAUUUUGGAGAUGAAACGUGGGGCGCAACAAAGGGUCCUGAGAAGAAGAUGAAGGAAGAACAGGAUGAGAAGAAAAGAAAGGAGGAUGAGGAGAAAAACAAGGAGCAGAGCACAGAAGCUGAGGAUGAAGAUGAAGGAGAGGAGGAAGAGGAGGACGACGAUGAGACCGAUGAGCUUCCAGAAGAGGACGAGGGAGAUGAGGAGGCCCUUCCUAAAGAUGAACUCUAAAGCAGGAAGUAGAUUACUGUGGUUGCCAUGGAAACAUGCAGCGCAUUCAUUCUGAAUGUGACGUCUUUGGAGACGACCCGCUCCUGCAUCCUGAUGUCAAACAGGGACAAAAAGGCAGUUCUCGACCCAGAAUUUAAUUUCGUUGUUAUUUUGAUUUACAGAUUUUUUUGCCCCUUACAAAGCCAGUCAAAUAUUUUAUUUUAAUAAACUCACUGUUAUGAUGUAGAUGAUUUUGAAAGGUAGGGAUGUAUGCUCAUGUAUACACAAUCUUUUUGCACAUUUACAUGUGCAUUGUUUGAUAGUCUUAGUUGUGUUGAGCUGGACUAAAGGAACUAAUCUUGAUUACUAAAGAUGUUUACAUUUGUGCUUUCAAACAAGGUUACUGUGCUAACUUUUACACAAUUGACAACCUGCAGGGUUGCUACAAAAAUGUGACAAUCAACUGCAUUUAAAUGUUUUUUUACUUGUUUAUUGAAUGAUAUACACAGAAAUUCAUUGUGGAUGUAUCCCAUAAACCGGGCCCAAUGCUUGUUUGUUUCCGGAAUGUUGAUGUAAUUGAUAAUUACAUAAUGUCCCUUUGGCACUGAGGUUUUCUUAUUGUUGUCUGUUAACACAGGAUAUAAACAAUAUUAGUACGAUUCCUUUUAUUUUCCAGCUGUAUUUAUUACAUUAGAAAUGUCAUUUUUCUUUUACAUUGCAAAUGCUCUGGGCAGCAACAUUAUGAAUUCAGCGAAUUGAGAUUUUCUGGAUUUAAAAAACAUGAUUUAAACUUUUUUUACUUGAGAGUCAGUGAGUUCUAAAUAAGGGAAGUGGCAAGACAUUUUUAGAAAUUAAGACCAGCAUAAUAGAAAUCUAGUUGCCUACACACUGUGAUCUCAAAAUGUUCAUAUUGGAGUAGAACUGCAAAUCCUGUUUAGUGACAUUAAACUGCCUUUUUACAUGUCAAGAGUUGUAAUUAAUGCCAAAGUUUUAAUAAUUAAAUUUAUUGUAAAUACAA